UCCGGUUAUUUGCGUCACUAAAAACCCAUCCGCCCCCAGCGCGAGCGCAGCGAUGUGAUAGACUCAACUCCACUCAACUCCACUCAACUCUACUCUGACUCGCUGUGUGCUGCUGUUUCGCCGUGAUCGGCUUCGUUGGAUAAUGUACACCUAAAAAGUGGUUCAUGGUUUUAUUUUACAGCCAUGUACAAGCCGUCGUUGGUCGCUCAUGUAGUUUUGCUGUUUGUUUCGUUUAAGUGGUCGGUGUCCGUGCUGGAUAGAGUCCGAGUCAGACAGGAAUGGAGUGGUCCUGAGCGAGAGCUGCCUGAGCUGAGACUCUGGACGCUCCGCUGGCAGGACCUGCUGGACGUGUGUGUCCGCGUGCGGCUCUCUGUCCGUCCUCUGGUGGCAAACGAAUCUCUGCUGAUUGAGUUGAGCGACUCUGAAACGGGGGACUCCAACACGCUGUUCAUGUGGAAUCAGAGCAACACUCUCAGGUGGAUCAGCAGUAGUGGCGAGCCGUUGUUUCAGCCUCGUAAAGCUAAAAUUCAGAAGCAUGUAAAGAACGUGACGUCCCAUCAGGCCUUUUGGAAUGUGCGGUAUGACUGUUUCCCUGCCCAGCCUGGAUCCACGGUCAGCGUGUCUGUUCACAGCCACGGUCAUGUGCUCAUCAGCACGUCUUACCUCGUAGAGAACACAGACACAGACGAUCCAGUGCCCAAAGCCAGUGUUACGGUGGAUGAACAUGCCAAACACUUCACUGUACGAAUGGACACAGACCGAGGAGAAGUGGAGAUGAGCCUGUGCUACAAAAAUUCACAUGCUGUGUGUGAAGUAUUUGAUUCUGAUAAGACUGAUCUGAAGGUUAAAACCUUCAAUCUGAGCUUCCCCUACCUGAUACCUUGUGUCUGUGUGCAGCUGUGGUUUCCAGGCACUGAUUCCAGAAGAAACACACAGUGUCCCUUAAAAGAGAGAGCAUUGCCACAUGGAGGUGAUAUCUUGUCCUCGAGUUCAGUUAGAGUUCGUGGCUCUGUUCUGGAGUGGAAGCCUCUCUGCCCCGCUGACCAAUCAGAUCCCUCCGUCUCUCUGUGCUGGCUAAUCCACAUGCAGAACUCUUACUGUGUCCCCGCCCCCAACACCACCCUCCACAGGACCAAACUGGUGCGUGACGAUCCCACAAACAUCCAAUAUAAUGUGUCUGCUGUGGAUAAACACCCUCAGAUGUGUGUGAAGUUUUCUCUCAAUGGCAGUGGUCGGGUCUUCUGUCCGUUCGAGUCAGAGGGCCGCUCGGAGUGGAGCGUGGUGGUCGUUCCUGGAUCUCUGCACCUGCUCCUGCACCUGAGCUCCAGUAUCGCCGCUUCGUUUGCUGCUCAGCUGUGCACCAGAGAGGGAGAGACCUGUUUAUCUCAAGGAAACGUCAUCUCACGCCGGGUGGAUGGGGGCGCCACAGAGGCUGAGCUGAGCGUGCCCUUCCCCUUCCUCUCAUCAGGACUGUGUGCGCAGGUAUGGCGCUUGGAUCUCCAUGGAAGACGAAUCAGUUGCCCUGACUUUGCACACAGGCGAUGGGGUCUCAUCACUGGCACUGCAUUGACUCUUCUGGCUGCGGUCACCGUGCUGCUCUGCAUCACGUGCUACCUGGUCAAGAAAAGCACAUCAGUGUGGCGGAGCGCUGAAAGACAUCCCGUGCUGCUCGUGUGCUCGUCUAACGAUGCGGCCCAUGUGGCUGCCGUCUGCAGUUUAGCCUCCGGCCUGCAGGGGGAGCUCUUGAUGGACGUGAGGCUGGCGCAGUGGGCGUCCUCUCUGGCUCAUCUGGGACCCGUGCCGUGGCUGUACGGACAGUGUCAGGCCGUGCAGAAGGCGGGUGGUCUCGUCCUGAUCGCCUGGAGCCCUGACGCCCAGCAGGCUUUUCUGAGACAGGCGAAGAGCGAUAGGGUCGCUGGAUCGGAGUUCUCUGAGACUGGGCUGUAUAGUGCUGUUGAAGAGGAAGAGCAGAAGUACUGUGAUGGAGAAUGGAUGGAGAAUCCAGUGGAGUCGUCCUCUAUCACGGCUCCUGUGCUCAACGCUGCCCUCUCCUGUCUGUGGACGGGAAUACACAGCGAUGGCCACGGCCGGGGGUUUGGACUGGUGUGCUUCCAGGGUCUUAACAACAGCAGCAGCAGCACUUACAUCCCAAAACAGCUCCGCUGUGUCCCAAAGUACUGUCUCCCGAAGGACCUGUCCUCUUUACUGCACAACCUGGGAGAGCCCACAAGAGCCCAAGGGAGCGUGCGAUGCUGGCCCCGUCUUCUGUCCAAGGCACUGUCGUUCUUCAUGUGGCGUCAGCUCGCACCCAGACUAAAGGCAGGACUUCCUGCGCCGAGCGUUCCCAAGUGCUCACGGAAAUCAGUGAGCGGUACAAAGCGAAAGACGUGGAAGCAAAAAAAGCGGCGAAUUAAAGCGUGUUUGUCCAGAAAGGAGUGUUCAAAGAAGCAUUCUGCACCAGAGCUGCUAGGAGCCUGCUGAUGGGAUGAAGCCGUUUCACUCUCUGGCUGAACUCGUGCUGUCCUCUGAUUGUUUGCAUGGCGAGGAAAUGAGAAGGCAGAGGUGAUUCACAGACAGGCAGACAGUGCUGGCACUCUCCAGGCCGGUGCAGUUCUGUCCAGCAGGGGGCAGAAACAUCAAACUCAGACUCGCACUGUCUUCAAGUCUUCCAGAAGUAAACCGCUGGCGCUGUACGUCCCUGGUGUUCUGCUUUAUUUGGCAGCUACUGUUAUCUCGAGCGGCCUGUGUCUUUGGAGGCCCCACCGUUUCUGUUCAAGUGAUUUCGAACAGAUUAAAUCCGUCCUUGUUCUAGCUUGUACUAUUCUAGACAAUGCUUGAAACUUCAUAUUGUUAGUACUUUUUGUGUUAUUGCCUGCUUAAUAUGAAUCACUUGUUGUAUUAAUUUACCGACACUUUUAUCCAAAGUAACUUACAAAUGAGGUAAUACAUGUGCAGCGACACCUGAAAACAUGUCUCUUUCAUCACCAUUUGACUUCAUCUUAAAUUAAUUCAUCUUCAUCUUAUUCUUCCCCGUUUAGCUUGUGCUAAUCUGAACAAUGCCUGAAACUCUGUAUUAUAAGCACUUCCUGUGUCCUCUUAAUGAUCUCCUCAGGUGUAAGUCGCUUCGGAUAAGUGUCUGCUAAAUGAAUAAAUGUACAGAAUGAAAUGAACUCCCAACAAAGACCUGGGAAGUCUGGACUCAAAGAACUGUGACAUUUAUGGUGCUGUUCAUACAGUAUGUGCUUAUUUUGAAAAUAUGAUCAUUCUGACAGCUGGAGGCAGCAAUGAAUAUACAGUUAGCACUGCCUCAAGCGAUGUACAUAGCUGGCUGAAGAGAAGAAAUUAUAUGUGUGUAUAAAGACCUGUGUCAGUAGACUUGUCUUUGUAUUGUACCGCUGAACUUGGAAUCAACAAUAUUCCAAUAUAAAAAAACAGUUUUAUGUGGUCA